UUUUACCGACCGAGCAAUGACGAGCUGUCAUGGCGAACCGAGGUGUACGUUUUCGUGCACGAUAAAACAAAAAUAAUGAUUCCUAUUAGGAAUAUCUUAAAUAAGUGCUUGAAGAACUGCUGUGGUUACUCAAAAGUAUCAUGAUUAACGUGUGCUAGUUAUAAUUAGACUUAAGUUAGUGAAAAUGGACAAGAAAAAUGCGAUUCGGAGAGCCAAAAGGCCUUCUAAGGUUCUUGAAGAAAACUAUUGGGACUGCAGCGUUUGCACGUACAGGAACAAUGCAGAAGCCUUCAAGUGCUCGAUGUGUGACGUCAGGAAAGGCACAUCAACCCGAAAGCCGCGCAUCAACCCGGCGCUGGUGGCGGCGCAGGCGGCCGGCACCGCCCCCACCAGCUCACAGAAGAGACCUCGCUCUGCCAACUCGCUCAAAAAGAAGCGGCGACCCCCUCGCCUCAGCAACGUCGACCGCAGCUCCGCUCAAACGAGAGAGGUAACAGUAAGCGGCGUAACUGUUGUGAUCACAGAAUACAAGCCCAAGAAAUCAGUGUCCAGUAGCUCCAGCGACGUGGAGUCCUCCAACGACGCGCGUCCGUGAUAUCCAGGUCACCUCCACAAGGUUUGGCUGCUGUUAGGUACUUAAAUAGUUCUCGCUGGAAAAUAUCUCAUACCAUACCCGAAGGCUUUAUGUACUACGCGUAGUACAAAUUCGUAGGUCUCAUGCAGUAACUUGUAUCUACUUCUGUACAGGCAAGUUCCAAUUACAAAUAUGAAACGAGGAAAUAUAUUGUACUUGUGUGGAUUAAAUUUUCGUCUCUUUGUGUUGAAUAUUUUAAAUCAACUUACGCUUUCCGCGUUUAUUAAUUUUGAAUGAUUUGAGUUUAUUAUUUUCUGUUAGUAAUUGUUUUUAUUACUCAUUUAUGAGCAUUAAGCGUACGUGUGACCAUGACAUGUAUAUCAUUACUUUUAUGAUCAAAAUUUCAAGAAUCGAAACGGGAAAGCAACACGAUCUCCGAGAAAGAAGCAUACAUGUAAAUGAAAAAUUGUGUACACUAGUUCCUUACAUUUCUCUCGUAAACCUCCAAGGCCCUAUGAGUCAUGAUUGAACAAGCCGAACGGAGUAUCCCAUACACAUAGACUAUGUCUAAGUAUCCCCCGACGUAUUUCCAGUUCGCUGUUCCGUAGGAAAUAUUGCAUGAGUCAAUACUCUCUUAGCUUUUAUACCCGUCGUCGGUGUUAUUUAUAAAAUACAAAAUAGAGGCAACUACGUCUUCAGAUACCUUUAAUUGUGAAAUAUGGAAUUUGUAAAGAUGACAAUUGAUAGUCGAUUUUUAGUUUUCCAUAUUAUGUUCUUUAGAAAGUAUUAUGUUUGGUUUUGGUUGAAAAUUUGCACAAAGUUGCGGAGGCUUUGAAAUUCUCUUUACUUAUAUGUAAAGCGUAAAUUAUCUCUAUAAAUAAAAACAUAAAUGUUAUUUUUCUAGUAAGUUAUAUUUUCAUAGUGUUUCACCUAAAUGGCGAAUCAGCGUUUCUAAAAGGUUCGUACACAAUUUAGUACUUAUAGUUAACUCAAACGCCGUCAUGUGCUUAUUGUUAAUUUUUACAAUUAUACAAAAAUUUCAAUUUUUUUAAUCAAUGAUAACUUCAUAGUAACAAAAUACAAAUAGGAAAGAUAACGGCGUUUGACUUAGCUAUACUUACUAAAUGUGUGCAAACUAUUGUAGAAAUGCUCAAAUGAAUUUAUGGAAUGUAAUUAAGAAUCGCGACGUGGGAAGUGUAAAUAUUGAAAAGACCGGCUGGUCACUGCCAAAAUGUAAAAUGCAUGUAAUGUAUGUAAUAUAUACAUAUAAUUGAUUUGAACUAUUAGGAGUCACUGGUGGAAAGUGACGCUAAGGCUGUCAGUAUCAAUUUUUCUGUCAAAAUUGGCAGUUAAUAAUGUUACAAUACUAUUAGGGAAUUGUACGUCAUAAGACUCAUAAGGGACAAAAAGGCAUAAACCAUUGAUGUGUUUAAGACAUCAUACAAAUUCUAUAAUACAUAUUUCUUUUUGCAUUGGCAAUGGAAUGCUCCUUGUCCUUUUUGCAUUGGAAAUUGAAUAGGGCGGUCGUUUUAAACACACUUGAGAAAAUAGUUGCUUGUAAAAUGUGUAAGUAAUCACUCAAUUGAACUGACAGUUUUGACCGAUCAUUUUGGAAGAAAUGCAUGAAGCAAAUUGACGGUCGAUGUUGAUAAGAAUGGUUAUAUUUCCAAUAAAUACUAUUAUACGUAUUUAAUGCUGAUCUCUUUUUGUAUUACUGGAGGGUUUUUGUCUAAGAUAAAAUAAUUAUUUGGAUAAACCCUACAUUUGUCACAUAAUUUCUACUAUAAUGUCAAAAAAAUAACUUUUUGGUCAUUAAUUCGUGUACAAUUACAUUGUACCUACUUACAUUUUUUUUCACGAGGAGUUGAGUCGUGUACUUGAAAAUAUGUAUAGGGUAAUUAAAAAUGAAUUGCUAUAACAGCAAUUAUUUUAAAUGAAUGUCAUUAAAAUACGCACAAUUGAAUUAAACUGUUGAUACAUGUUAUCACAAAAUUAAUUAAUUGUUAUUAAAUUAACGAAAAGGUAAUUUAUAUUUUUAAAACAUAUAAUGCAUCACUUGGCAAUUUAUACAUUAUUUAUGUAAUAUUUUCAAUUUACGUCUAUAAAAAAAUUAUCCCUUAAUAGGCAGAGAAGCAAAGCCAAUAUUAUUUUUAUUUACUUGACUGUCGCAGAGGAGCUUAAUGUAUUUUUUUUAAAUAAAUAAUGACUAACAUUAUGUUUUGCUGCUAAUAUUGUAACCUUUUUAAAGGCCAAUAAGCAUUAACGGGACGUAUAUAUAUCUAAUAUAAGUUGUGCUACUGUUCUGAUGCCGAUAUUUAUAAAAAAAAACAGAACUGAUGUGUGUGUGACUGACUGAUGAUGUGUUUUAAGAAUUAUGACAGUUAAAAAAUCUAGGCAAAUAGAUACUAUAAGACCACAUAUUGUAUAACAAUUAGAUGCAGUUUCGUACGUAAUAGGUCCUUUGUUUUUGUCCUUAAUAUUGAUCUAGGAUUCUUCUAGGUAUUAUUUCCCUACUAGAUCUGCUACACUUUUUCUUUAUUCCAUAUUGUAUUUAAUGCCUAGCUAAAAUAAGUUACCAAAAAUCUGUCGGCCCUUUUCUGUGUUCCUUGCGUUUUUUUAAGUAUUUAUUUUAGCUAUAAGUCGUAUAUUUUUCGUAAGCUAUAGAGUAUUCGUUAUGUAUUUUAUGGACUUGUAGUAAUUAGGUAGGUACCCAAUAUCUCAAAAACGUAUCUUCUAAUUUAUAAUUAUGUUACAUUGAUAUAAAUGUAAUUUGACAUCACUAAUUUGCGAAACAUUUUUUUUACUCAAAGAAUAAUAUAAUUUCUUAAUGACCGCAGAUUUUAUUCCCGAUUGCCUUAAUGCAGGGGUUUGAAAAAUAGAAUCUUGAGGCGAGGUUGUCAAAGAAGGAGGGUUAAACAAAAUUUGCCCCCGAGUGAAACACAAAAUUUUUCACCACACCAAACCGAAGCAAAUACGAGUAUCAAAUGUAAAAUAUCAAACAAAAUCAAACCAAAUCAAAUUCAAAUGAAUGUUAUUAAAUGUUUACCAUACAAAAUCAUAAUUUAAAAGUCAAUUCCACCAGCAAACAUUAGAAAACAACUCAAAAUAUGCAUUUGAUUACUUUGCCUCAUAUGUGAAUAAAAUGCAACUUUGCUAUCAGUUUUUGAAGUAAGUUUUUUCGAGUUGGUAUGGUGAAAAGUUAUUUUUGCCUGUGUAUCACCCAUUGGUAUAGGACAAUUAGCUUUUUCUAUGGUUUGUAUUCGCUACAGAUAACAUAUUUUUGUACGAAUAGCGUAUAGUGGCUCCGGUUUCGAUACAUCAGUCAACCUAUUUGUAUGUAGAGUAAUGUUAAUUAUUUCUAAGUAUGUAUCGAUGUACGGUCCUGUAUAUAAAGAUGUGGAAUUUAU